CGAAACGCUUACAAAACACAGUCUGCUGGUUAUGAAAUCGUCUUCGAGAUUAAGUUUACAUCUAGAGGAACUAUUUUCCCGCAGUAGCAGUGCACAUAGGGAUUAGUGUCGUUAUUUAACUUAGAUGUUGUCAAAAUGAUUGCAUUACAACACUUUGGCGGGCUUAGGAAGCAUGUGCUGGAGAAAGCGCCUGGCUGGGCGUAUCGCGUCCGGGGGAGCGAAGCAGCCAGCGCGGCGGGGGGAGCAGCCUGCAGCCUUGUUGUGCCAAUGACAUCCAGGUCAGCCAAAGCAGGAGGGGUCUCUGCGCUCAAGAUAAGCAAGACCAUAACAUUUUACAUGAAUGAAUCAGAAGUGGCUGCCACGCCCUUGCAGGGCGGGGCUAGACCCCUGCUCCUGCUCCUCCCCUGGCUGGGGUCCCGCCCCCAGGCCCUGGCUAAGUACUGUGAGCUGUACUUCAGGACGGGCUUUGACGUACUGGUGGUGGAGAGUGAGGUCAGCCAGUUCCUCUGGCCCCGCUGGGGGCUGGAAUAUGGAGCAAAGUUAGUGGAGGUGCUGCGGAGCGACAUGUUCGCCCAGCGCCCCCUCCUGGUGCACGCCUUCUCCAUUGGGGGCUACACCUUCACCCAGCUGCUCAUCCAUGUGUCGCGGGACCCCCAGAGGCACCAGGACCUGACCAACAGGAUCAAAGGUCACAUCUAUGACAGCCUAGUGAUUGGGUCUCUGGAAAGAAUGGCAGUAGGCCUUGGAAAGAAUGUGUUCCCCCAAUGGGAGGGCCUGGUCAGAAGGCUGAGCCUCCUCUACUUCAGAGCGUUUAAGAGACAGACUGUGGACUACUUCAACACAGGAAUCGAUGUCUUCCGGAAGUCUCCAGUCACGGCGCCUGCCCUGUUCUUCUUCUGUGAGAAUGAUGCGCUCUGUGACCAUGAGGCCAUGGAGGAAAUCAUUGAGUACUGGAGGAAGCGUGGGAUGACAGUAGAGAGCCGGAAGUGGAAAGAGUCGAUUCACGCCGGACACCUGCGCAGUCAUCCUCAGGAGUACCUGUGCACCCUGGAGACCUUCCUGCAGUCUCUCAGCCUCAUUCCACUCAGAGCUAAAAUGUGACCUCCCCACCCCUCUGUACUUCGCCCCUGAAAGCAGCAGCCUUCAAGACCUCACUGUGUAUACCUCACAUAGCGUAUGACUUCUGCAGAUCCACUGGCUGUUCUCAUUAAUUUCUGGGAACUUCUCUCUUUUCAACUGAAAAGUUUUUAGCAUACAGCACACAUUCUGAAUUUGCUUGUCAUGAAUGUGCUUGGAUAACUUGACCAGCAAGCAUUUCAGACAUACCUCUGAAUUAAACUUUUCUGUUAUGUAUUCAUUGUAGUUUCAGUUUAUUUGGACUCUCAGCCACUAAUAGUGGUAGAUUACCAACCACUGUAUCCCUGCUGCACAUAUUCUAUGGUGUGCAAUUUUACUUUGUCAAAUCAGUUAUACUGUGACUUAAUUGAUAAGUGUGUGCUUUUAUAAUUU